CUCAUCCUCUUCUCAAACAAAGACAACAGCGAGAACCGACAUGGCCGCUUCUGUCUUGAAAAUCUACCCGAAACUUCAGGCUACGGACCCCAGCCGGCCCAGCCUGGCCGACCUUCCACUCGAGAUCGUGCUAAUGAUCAUUGAGGACCUUCUCGACUCGGCGCAAAUCAUCAUCAUUGGCACUUCGGGCGAAGAGAAAGAGAGUCCUCGGACAGGGCGAAUGGAACAAGAAUUCACCUUUCACCCGCCGCCUCUCCACAAGCUCAGCGCAGUCUUCCGUCUGUUCCGCCACAUGUACCGCCGCUCGCGGCUUACUCUGUGGGGUGCGCACCCCCACCCCAGCAGCCGCUCCUACGACGUGAACAAGACACGCGACAUCUUCUACGUCGAAAGUGUCUCUCGGAGGAGACGUCGGCGAGUACCACCUCAGAUCAAAUUUCAGGUUGGCCUCCGUCUUCCGUGCGGCGUAUUUGCCGGAGCCAACAGAAUCGCGACCGAACUUUCCUUCCUCGACAUCAACCCGUUCUCGCCCAUCCUUACGCUGCGCUUUCCGUUGAACGCCCGACCAAACUGCAAGGAAAUCUUGUUUCUUUAUCCCGUUAGCGGCUUGGAAAAAGCCAACAUGAGCCUGACUCUGAUGCGGCCUACAGGAGAGGACGUGAGGGUCUGGACGAUGGUCAAUGGGCGUAGGAUAUGGUCAUGUGGAAUGUGCCAGAAAUUUCUGAUCACGUUUGCACGAGAUACUUCUGGAUCGGACGUGUCCACGCACGGUGUCGGGGCAGUCAUGGUGGAUGAGAGAAUGCUUGGGGGACCCCAUGUUUCCCAUGAGGUAUUCGUCAUGAUUCCAAGUAGGUGGCCUGGAAUGAUUCGGCUCUGAGUCCGGGGGACUUGCGGAUUGAAUGACCGUCAUAUUCGCGUUUUCAGAUCAACGGUUGUGAUCUGAUCAGGCUGCAAGAGAAUCUGCACCUGGCACAUCCAGCUGCAGUCGUCAAUUGCACCAUAAGGUAAAUAUGCCCCUGACGCGAGCAUCGCUGACGAGCAUAACGUGACAAAAGAUGCGCGACGGGUCUAAUAUCUCUCUUGCGUGUACUUGCCUAUAAAACGACCAAUUCCCUUCCUUCACCCACUGGUCAUUUUCAGUACUUGGCCUCGACAUUCUUCCAACCUUGACUACAUAUCCACACACACGAGCACCAAGCCGCCAUACACACGUUCGCAGCAAGAAGACUACAACAGCAAUGGCUAGCAUGGCGAAUACCAUUUCUACAAAAUAUGAGGCACUCCAUGCUGCGGAUCCCAGCC